UCAUGGUUUGCUACGAAAAAAGAAGCCUUCGGCUUGUCGGAGUAUUAUUUCCUAAAUAACUAAAUUAUUUAGAUUCGAAACGUCGGUUUUAUGUGUAAAAAUUAAGUUUAACAUAGUGUGGAGUGGUUUAAAAAUAAGAAUUGCGAUACUAAGGCCUUGAAAACGUGUUGAAGACUGUCCCAGAAUAAGUGAAAUGGAUUUGAAGGUCUCGUAAAAUUUUUGACUAGCCACACAUACAUGGGACAAAGUGGUUUGUGCAGUUGUUGUGUACAGGCGUACAAAGAUAUCGGACUUGAAUCGAAGUGUUCUCAGGAGACGACCAAGCGUAGGGAACAUUUUUCGGUGAAAAUGUAACUCCGGCAGACGCAAAUCAUAUCUCCGGGCAUCCUUGAAUGGAAGCGACUAUAAAAAAGGAACCGGCCGAUGAUCCGGUUCCAACGAUGUGAACACUUCGGUCACACGUUGUUGCGACCCGGCGUCGCAAAACCGAGACCCUAUUCAAAUAGAGAUAAAUCUAAAUCACAAGACUGUUGGAAGACAACGAAACCUCCCUUUCGCACUCCUAGUAUAGUAGAAGUUAACUUUAAAGUUAAAGUUUUCGGAAAAAACGAAAUAAAAAAGCGCGCGUAAAUGAAACCCAGUGGAGUACCAUAACCGUACUUUAAGCUCCACCCACACAUAAAUGGACUCCUCGCAGGGCAAUUUAGCGCCCGGCCAAGAGAUUCGUGUCGUCAGUGCCUCGGUAGUGGCCCAACUCCAGGCUCAAGGAUUGCAGGGCAAUGAACUCAAUGCAGCUAUCAUGGCUGCAUCGCAGCCGCAAACCGCUGCACAGCAAGCUGUACAGCAGCAACAAAUACAGCAACAACAGCAGCUUCAACAGCAGCAACUUCAGCAGCAGCAACUGCAGCAACAGCAGCAGCAACAACAGCAGCAGCAACAGCAACAGCAGCAACAACAUCAACAACAGCAGCAAACACAGCAACAACAACAUCAGCAGCAGCUGCAGCAACAACACGCGCAGAACCAAUCUCAGCAAAACAUGGCACAAGCGGUGCAGCAACAGCAGCAGCAGCAGCAACAACAACAACAAGCAGCAACGCAACAAGCACAGCUGCAGCAACAGGUUCAACAGCUUGCUCAGCUGUCGCAAGCUCAGCAGCAAGCAAAUCACCAACCACAAGUCAUCACACUUCAGCAGCUACAGAAUUUCCUACCCCAGCAUCAGCUGAAUACCAUCACAACUGCCGAUGGAACGCCCGUUCAGGUCGCAGUAUCCUCGGCAACAACCACACCAGUUGGAACCCCAGUUAAAACAUUCGUUACAUCUCCUCAAGUGCAGCAGCCGCAGAUACUGAACCUCCAAGGGAUACCACAGCAGGUACUACCGGGAGGACAAAUCAUUCAGAAUCCCAACGGACUUUUUCAAAUGAUUCAACCAGUGCAGACGGUUAACGUAGAUGGGCAGGACACCCUGUUUGUACCGGGUGGAAUACAGGGUAAUCCACUGGCCGGUGCCCAGGCGGUGCAGAUCAAUGGUCAACAAGCUUUCCUAACACCUUCCGGCCAAUUGAUCCGAGCCCCGAAUGGUGUAGUUCCUAACUUUCUCCAGAAUAUGACUCAGGCUGUUCAGCUACCGAAUGCUGGUCAGGCUACGCUUACUAUCCCGGGAACUAAUAUAACAAUCCCCUUGGGUACGGCAAACACCGCAGCUAAUGUUCUAGCUCAACAGCAACAACAACAGCAGCAGCAACAGCAGCAACAAGCUGCAGUUGUGGCUGCUGCUACCGGUCAACAGCAAGCACAGGCCCAACAGCAAACGCAACAGCAACAGCAGCAGCAACAACAUCAAGCUCAACAGCAACACCAAGCUGUAGCCACGACUGCCCAGCAGAUUCAGCAAGUUCAACCACAGGCAACGAUAACCAUUCCUGGAACCAAUAUCCAGGUACCGGCCUCGGCAUUAACAACGCAAAACAUUUUGCCUAACAAUAUCACAACCAUUAAACUGGAAGGAGGUCAAAAUGUGCAAGUCCGACCGGCAGCUGCGAUACCUCAGGUUGUUCAAUUCCCGAUGCAACAGACCGUUCCGGUACAGGUUCCGAUAUCGACCGGCAACGGGCAAACAGUUUAUCAAACCGUCCACGUGCCAAUCCAAGCUAUCGGUUCUGCCUUCGUUCAACCGCAGAUGCAGGUGAUCCCGCAGAUUCCUCAGGUGGCAAACAUCAUCACUCCUUCGGGGCAGAUUCAGCAAGUUCAGCUCACGUCGAUUAACCCGCUAGCCGGACUGCAGGCAGCCGCGGCUCCUCAGAACAUCAUUCUCCAGCAGCAACCCAACCUGACCCAAACAGCCGCCUCGGCAGCUGUCAAUGCGUCCAAUCCGCUAGUGACAUCCUUGCACGGAGGAUCCGUACAACCGGGUGUUGCUACAACGCAAGAUAACGGUCAGCAAUCGCAGUCUCAAACACAGGCCCAGCCGCAACCCAUUACGAUAGCUGGACCGCAGGUGGGGCAGCAGAUCACGGUGAUACCUUCCAACACGCUGCCACAGCUUCGACAGAAUGCAACCAACAUCAUCCAGGUGCCGAACAUACCCGGCCUCCAGGCGAUCCCGGUACAGAACAUUCCGGGCAUCGGCAACGUUCAAGUGAUCCCUUCAAAUUUCAUGCAACCGGUUCAACCGCAAACAGCGGCGUCGCAGCCUCAGUUGAACCCGGUCAAUCAAACAGGGCAAACUAUGUCCCUUCAGCAGGCAGCGGCGCAUCAAUUAUCAAAUAUAAAGCCGGAUCCAAGCGACCCCGGUAAGGGUUGGUUCAUCAAGCAGGAAGUUAUGCCAAUUCAACCGGUAGUGUCGGUCGCAGGAACCGGCUCUGGUGCUGGUAACGGAGUCACAGGUGGCAGUGGCACCGGUACCAGCAUGCCCACGCACAUACAACCUUCCCCAGCCGGGAGUAGUUCCUUACCCAUCCAACCGAGUCCGGCGCUCGUAAAUGUGGGCCCAGCGAUCCAUCAGAUCAAAGGAGAAAUCCUUCAUUCGCCGACGACCACACAAACCUCGGUCAACGUAAACAUAAGCCUAUCGGGGGACGGAGGAGGAGGCGGGGGCGGUGGUCACGGAGCUCCCCGAUCGGCCGGUGGCGAUCGUAAUUCGGAGGUCGGUGCAGGUGAACCUCAGAAGCCUCGCGUUCGGCGGGUCGCCUGUACCUGUCCCAACUGUGAAACCAAGGGCGAGGGACCUCCGAACAGCAAGAAGCAACAUAUCUGUCACGUGAGCGGCUGCAACAAGGUCUACGGCAAGACGUCCCAUCUGAGGGCGCAUCUCCGGUGGCACACAGGUGAACGACCCUUCGUGUGCUCCUGGAUGUACUGCGGCAAGCGGUUCACCCGAUCGGACGAGCUGCAGCGGCACCGAAGGACGCACACCGGCGAGAAGCGAUUUCAGUGUCCGGAGUGCAACAAGAAGUUCAUGCGCAGCGAUCAUCUCUCGAAGCACAUCCGCACCCACAACAAACUGAAGAAGGACCACGUUCGCUACAUCCUCGAGAACGACCUGCAGUAUUGCGAUCAAUUGAAGGGCGGCGGUGGUUUCAGCGACGAUGGCGAGGAAGAUAUGGAUGACGAUUAUGAGCUGCGUGCGGAUGACGAAGAAGACGAGGAGGAACCGGGCGAGAUUCCUGCGGCAAUGCCCGCCAAGGUGAAACAGGAACCGCCCAAUCCGAUUGGUCCUUCCGGCCAGGUGCCUAUGGGAAUGAUGAUAACGGCCGCCGGUGCUCAUCCGGGAGGGCCGACGACGGUUCAACCGAUGGCAGUUAGCAAUGGAGCCGGUGGCACUGGGAUUGUCUGGAUAGCGUCUCCUGCCCUGAUGGGCAUGCAACAGCAGCAGCAGCAGGAGCAAGUUCAGCAACAGCAAGCUCAACAACAGCAGCAGCAACAACAAAAUGCCCCACCUCUUCCACCUCCACUCUACAGCAUCAAGCAGCUGAACAAUGCUCAGGAAGUAGCAAAUUCGGCCCACUCGGCAUCGUCGGACAGCAACGAUAGCUCCGACGAGAAGAUGAUGAUCACCCUGGGGAAUUCGGGCGACGAUCCGGAUCAAUCGAUCGAGUCCAACUAGCACUUGGAACCGCUGUCCGUUCAUCAGUUUACGACGUUCGACAGCAUCUUGCAGCAUCAGCACCAGCGAUGGUAAAUGGAAGGAGGUUUCCAAUCGAAGGGAUAGUUUUAUUUUUAAAUUUUGGAACUAUGAGUUAACCGUUUAGAAAUAGGUUCGAAUGAUUUCAGAUUCCAUCAAACAUAGAGAAAAAGUGGUACGGAACGAAGGUUCCGUAUUUCAAUUUUAAAAAAGGACAAUAUUCCAUUCUAUUCAAAAAUUGUUUCUAAGUUGAGAGAAGUAAACGAACCCGAACAUAAUGAGUUGGAGUAACAGAACAGGUAUUUUAGAACAGUUUUGCUUGCGAGUACUUUUAAGUAACAAAAUGAAGAAACAAAAUCGUUCUUGGGCCUCGAAAAUCUGUCAACAUGAUUUUUUAUAAAUAAAAUGAUAUUUAAAAAUGUUCGAUAUUCAAAUUAGAACUUAAUGUGUAAAUACACAUUUUAUCUUAUUCGAAAAAAGUUGUUACAGUAAAUCAAUAUUAUUGGUUCCAAAAUAAUGGAAAAUGUCCUCUUUCAAACGUUAUUUUGAAAUUUUGUUUCACACUUUUUUCUGGAGACAGUUUUUUGGCUGAGGCCAAAAAAAUCCAGUAAUUUUUAGUCGCAUAAAAUCUUCAGACUAGAUCUCCUUACAUUUAAAGUGUUGAUGAAAAAAGAGUGGAACAGAAUUUUAUUUGAAUACUCAUAAACUGAACAACUUUCUAAAACUAUCCUUUCGAACAAAAAUUAAAAAAUAAACCAAUUGAAGAUAAAUUUUACAAACAAAACACUUGAAAAAACUUUUGAAGAAAUGAAAACGACUUAUUUUCGAUGCAAAAUUUGAAGAAAAAAACUUGUUUUUGCGGCUUUAAAAACUCUACUUUCGAACACACCAUAUAAUUUUUCUAUUUUUCUUAUCCAAAUUGCAAAUUAAAAAGUUAAGUUCUUCACUCUGAACUCAUUAUUUUUAAUGUGAAAAUUUAAUCACAUUGGAAAUCAUGAAGUCAAAAACCUAACUUCAGGUAGAUAAUUUAAAUAAUAGGAUCCGUAUCUUUUUUUAAUUGUUUUCAAGAUGUUAUUUUUUGAAACUUUGUUUGUUAAUAUUUCCAACAUGUUGGAAUUGAUGUCAAUCGGACAAGAACUGAUUCCUUAAGUAUUUAAAAAAAAAUCCCAUUCACGAUGAAAUUGAAUAAAAAAAAAACGAUAGAAAAACAUCCGCAAGUUGGGUUGUCCCAGCAUUAAAUGAAUGUGUCCCAAGUCAGUGUAAAAAAAGAAUAAAAUAAACUUCGUCAGAGCGUGUAGAAAAGUAGUGAAAACAAACGGAAAUCGAACAAAUAAACCAGUAAACGAGCAAGCUCCGAUCGCUCCAACCAUUUGUUGUAAGAAAUUUUAAACUGAAUCGAAUCGAAUAAAAUUUCAGUAGUGUAACAACCAUUUUUUAAGUCAACAACUCGAUGUCUGUAUUUAUAUACGAGAAAAGUUAAAAACAAAAUUACACAUAUAUUGAUAUAAUAUAAACCCCUAAACAAACGUUAAACAAAACAACUCAACUCGCUUAAUUAGUAAUGAUCGUUUUUUUCUCUACAUAAACUUCCAUGUUUUGAUUAGGGCAAUUAUACCUACCUAUUUCAGAAUUUUGUUUCAAAUCCCCACAUUGAGUCUAGUGUAAACUUUUAAGAAAUCGCAGAUAUAUAUAAAUUUCUAAUUUAUUUAGUGAAAUAAUUACAUAAAUUGUUGAUAUUUGAGUAAUGCAGUAAACAACGGUGAACGUUUUUACACCUUCACAAAUGGGACGAAUCAAAAUUGAUUAUUGAAAAAGAAAAAAAAAAUCCUUAACAGAUAACAGCAAAAUUACAUACAGGAAAAAACCAAUCAGUACCUUAUUAAUAAUUUGAAGUCUAGCAAUGUAAAAGUCUAGUUUCUAGGUUUGGCUAUUUAACUGAUUUCGGCAUCUUUGGCCCACGUUUUAGUUAUAUAUUUUCACGUCAUGUCGUCUCCGUCGUUUUAACUCUACUUCGUUUCAGUGUACAUUUCUGCAGAAAAGUAAACCGUAAUCCGUGAAAAAUAUAUAUAUCGAUAUUAUAACAUCUGUGAAGCGAAAGAAAAACUAAUCGAAAUCAUUUGUAGGCAGUCUGGCAGACGGUAGUCUGGCGAAUCCAUUUAAAACAAUAAUAAAAUUUUAAUAUUUUUCAAAA